AUUUUAUUAUGGUUGUCCAAGUUUUUAAAUAAUUUUUAAUAUAAAUUUCACACAUACUCACCACAUAAAUUUCUGAGUUCGGUGAAGACAUGAUGGGAGCUGGAUAGCGUGCCUAAGCGCAUCGAUCAUCCUAAAAUAAAAUACUCAGAGAACUAUUUUACCUCUAUACUCCUGCUGCUUCUCAGUGAAAACUGCACUUAGAGAGACAAGAUGCAAGGACGCGGGGGUGGUAGGGAUCCUUUCUUCGAUUUCGGUGACCCUUUUGGUGGUUUUGGAGGCUUUGGUUCCUUUGGACCUCCCAGGAGUUUAAUCUCAAGCUUUUUUGGGGGAAGGGAUCCGUUUGAUGAUCCUUUCUUCACCCGACCUUUUGGAGGGAUGUUUGAGUCAGGUUUUUUUAGUCGUCCUACUGGAUUUUCUUUCCCUCCCGGUAUGCAUCCAUCUAGGUUCCUUGAGCAUCCACCUCCGGGUAUGCAUCCAUCUGGGUUCCUUGAGCGUCAAGCUCCGGAGCCUAGUAGGCGAAGGGGACCAAUCAUUCAGGAGUUGGACUCUGAUGAUGAAAAUGAGGACACAACAGAGGAGAAGAAAGAAAAUCCUAGAAAGCAUCGAAGGUCAAACGAUGAACCCUUCAUUGAACAUCCAGAUGAUGAAAGUGAAGGGAAGAAGAGCAAACAUUUGCAGGCUGGAAAUGAGUACAACAGAUCUGAUACAACCGUGUCUCAGCCUCAACCUCACAGCUAUUCCACUGCGGCUCAACCUAGAUCUCACAGCUUCUGCUUCCAGAGCUCAACAGUCAGCUAUGGUGGUCCAAAUGGAACAUAUUAUACUUCCUCGAGGACAAGGAGGAGUGGUAGUGAUGGAGUAACCUUUGAAGAAAGCAAGGAGGCUGGUAGUUCAACAAGGGAAGCUUCUCACAUAAUUUCUAGAGGCAUUCAUGGCAAGGGCCAUUCCCUGUCAAGAAAACUGAAGUCAGAUGGCAAUGUGGAUACUAUGCAGACUUUGCACAAUAUAAAUGAAGAUGAACUUGCUGGCUUUGAAGAAGAAUGGAAAGGAAAAGGUCAAAGGCACUUGCCUGGAUGGGCUGGAAGCAUUGAAGCUAGCCAUAAUAAUGGACAAGCUGAGCAGUCAAGGCAGGGAGUUCUGGCGCUUCCUUCUUUGGAGCAUAAUCAUCCUGCGGGAACAAUAUCUGAAGCUAGAGAUGAUAUUGGUUCUUCUCGCACACAAGGGGGGGUAAGGCGUGUUUCAGUGCCAGGAGUACUAAAAUUAAAGAACCCUCCAGGAAGGCGUGGCCAAAAUUAAAGUACUAAUGACAAUAUCCCUUUGGCAUAGCGUCUGAUAGAUUGUGUGAUUCGUCUUUCCUUUCCCUUCCCUAUAGGUGUAUGACGAUGUUUCUUGUGCUUUUAUAGGAUGCUUUUGUUCAUUGAAAUUUCACGGUGAUGAUAGGGAUUGUCUGAGACAUGCAAUAUACACAAAAUUGCCUCAUUCAUGAUGCAUGCGGUGUUUAGUUAUCUUCUGACGUGCAUGAGUUGUUUUUCUUGUCAUCUGCAAGGAUAAUUUUUAUUCCAUAGAACGUGUGCAUGAGAUAUUUUACUUGCA